AACAGGAGCAAUACCAUACCUGCAACUUAACAUUGCCUUUUCGUAGACAUACUGGUUUCGAAACUGAAAGCUGUUUUCCGAUUGCUUGGAGCGACAUGGGUGGGAGGAACAUUGGAGUCGCUGUGGACUUCUCAUCAUGCAGCAAAGCAGCUCUGAGAUGGGUUUCAACGAACCUUACCAGAAAUGGUGAUAAACUCAUACUUAUCCAUGUCAACAAUUCCUACCAGAAGGAGCAAGGAGCAGUUCAUCUCUGGGAACAGAGUGGCUCACCACUCAUCCCCCUGACAGAGUUCUCAGAUCCCCAUGUCACCAAGACAUACGGUGUAUCGCCGGACAAGGAGACAAUUGAGAUCCUUACCCAAGUGGCAAAUCAGAGAGGGAUUGAAGUCCUCGCAAAAAUAUUCUAUGGUGACCCUGCAAAGAAGCUGCAUGAAUCAGUGGACCUGGUUCCCCUCAACUGCUUGGUCCUCGGAAGUAGAGGGCUAAGCACGCUUAAGAGGGCUCUGAUGGGGAGUGUGAGCACCUAUAUCGUGAACCAUGCAUCUUGCCCCGUCACAGUUGUGAAGGAGAACAUGUAGAGCUGAUGAACACUAUUACUGUCUACAAGCAGUCACUGCAAGAACAAUACGUAUAUAUGCGGUAAAUAAAGUGUGCUUGACAUGCACUGAUGUGGUGGCUCUUGCUGCUGCAAUGCUGUUACUGGCUGGCCAGCUUAACCAGGACUGAACAGCACAGGUCUUGACACUGUUAUAUGAAGAAAUUGUAUGCCUGAUGUAAUUGUAAAACCAUUAGUAACUAUGAAAUCGAUGCUAAUAAGUAAAAUAGCAGUUGCUAUAUUUCAGUUCA